CAGGGUACCUUCAGAGGUCGGCAGGUUGAGCAUCGACCACAGCCUAUCCGUGCAGGCCACGGUCUCCAGCAACAUUGAAGCGGUGCGGCGUUCUCGACCAGAUUUCCAUUAUGAACCCGGCGUCGUCUGCGCCGAGCAAGGCUCCGUCGGCUCCCGCAACGGCGAACCACCCACCGGCAACCCCGGCGUCUAACACCAGCUUCGACAUCAACCGCCGUCAGAUUCAGGGCCCGGUACACCCGCAGGCAGCCCCCAGGAAGGGUCAGAGUUCGAGGAGACAGCACCGGAACCAGAGGCGAGCGGGAGCUCAAAACCAUAUCGACGACGAGGACGCAAUGGCAGAGAUUCGAGCCUUGCGGAAUGCCUCUAGCCGGCGCGGCCAGACGUCAAUUACGCACUUGCUGAACUACGCCUUGCCGCCGCGCCCCGACGAGAGAUACUAUGCGUCGUAUUCCCGGUCAUACCGACGCAACCCCUCCUGGGGCGUGGGCUCCGGCUACCACGCCGCCGACAAGGCCCGCUAUAUCCAUGCGAACUAUCGCUUUGUCGUCAACCCCAAAGGCAAUUACAUGGCGCAAGCCGCUGACGCCGACGAGCAUAUCAACUGGGACGAUGUCUUCCAAGUUAUCGCCUCGACAGAAUCCCAACAGGCGUCCUGCCCCAUCUGUCUCUCGGAGCCCGUCGCGCCACGUAUGGCCAAGUGCGGUCACAUUUUCUGCCUGCCCUGCCUGAUGCGCUUCAUGAACACGAGCGCGGGUGAGCAACAAGAGAAGAAGCAAAAUCGGUGGCGGAAGUGCCCCAUCUGCGAGGACUCUGUGUAUCUCUCGGACGUGCGUCCGGUGAGGUUCUAUGCAGGUCAAGAGUGCCCCCUUCCUCGUGUCGGCGACGAUGUGAUUCUCCGCCUCAUGGUGCGAAACGCGAAGAGCACGUUGGCGUUGCCCAAGGAGAGCGCGACCGAGGCGCUCCAAUCUAGCGAAGACGUUCCCUGGCAUUUUGCGGCCAAUGUUUUGGACUACGCUAGGAUCAUGAGGGGUACCAGCGACUACAUGGCAGAGCAGUUUGACCGGGAGAUUGAGGAUCUUACCAAACAAGAGAAGGAGGAUGAGCUACUAUAUCACGAGGACAAUGAGUGGACGCAGAAGGCUAUCAGGGCGAUUAGGACCGCCAAGGAGAAGGUCGUCGAGUCGAGCGAGACGGAAAUGGAUAUUCCAACCACGCUGCCCGGAUCGAGCUCGGCAAAGCAGGUCGAGCAGGACUUCUACUUUUAUACCUCACCACCGCACCUCUAUCUUUCGCCGCUUGAUAUCCGCAUUCUUAAGACCAAAUACGGCUCGUUCUCCGCCUUCCCCUCCACGUUGCUUCCCAGGGUCGAGCACAUCUCAACUGGUCAUGUGGUCGACGAGCCCCUGCGAAAGCGGGCAAAAUACCUCGGGCACUUACCGCGAGGCUGCCUGAUCAGCUUUUUGGAGUGCGACUGGACAGACAUUGUCCCGCCCGAGAUUCUAGCUACCUUCUCCGAGGAGAUCGAGCGCCGCCGGAAGCGGAAUAGGGAGAAGGCAAUUCAGGAAGAGCGUGAGCGACAGCAAGCAGAACGGCUUGAGGCAGCUGCCAUCCGCGACGCAAGGAGUUUCGGUGCCAUCGAUGAGGAGGUGACUGUGCGGUUUGGCAACGCUGGUCUUGACGACCCGCCCGUCGAUAUGAACGACUUCAUACCGCUCGGUGCGGAAUUCACGUCGCCGCCCAAUCCAGCACGGGGCUUUUCUGCCUUGUCGGAUAUCAGCACCAGCCCGUCUGGUCGCAGGACCGUCUGGGGAACGCCUGUGGUCGGUGCCCCACCGGACGACGCCCUUCCUACUCGGCCAAAGGUGGAUGACGGUUGGUUGAAGGACACUGAUGUCCUGGAGACGCUCGGCGCUGCAGAUCUCGCUGUGCAACUUGAGGCGUUGGGUGUUGAGAACGAUGGUGUCAGCAGCUCUGCGGCCACGGCUGGCUCCUCAGGCGGAGGUGGUAAAAAGAAGAAGAAGAAGCAGAAGAUCACAUUGAUGACUACCGGUGGCCGGCGGGGUCUUUAGCUGGUUGUGGCCCGGAAUGGUAGGUUUGCAUUAUCUGCAUUAAGGAGCUAGAAGUUCCAUCUAAAGGAGGC